AUGGAAUCUACAGAAGGAUUCAGUUAUCGUAUAGCUGUUAAAAUGGAGGAAUAUUGGCAUACAAAUUGUACUGGAAAUAGACAUUGUGAUAUAUGUUUCAAAGAGUAUAUGAAGCUUAAACAAAAACCAGAAGUUGAAA